AAAGGAAAGCGAAGAAAAAUUUCAUGCAGUCCACUCCUUCUCCCAUACGCUGUCGUAUCCUUCCUCUUCUCUCUCUCUUUCUCUCUCUUCUUUCUCUCUCCUCCGGUGCCACCAAUGGAGGAUCUCUGGAAGCGCGCCAAGACCUUCGCCGAAGAGGCGGCGAAGAAAUCCCAAUCCCUCACUCCGUCCUCCUCUCGCAUCGCCGAUCUCGUCUCCGAAACGGCCAAGAAAUCCAAAGAGCUCGCCGCCGAGGCCUCCAAGAAGGCCGACAUCCUCAAGACCGCCGCCCUCCGCCAGGCCGACCAGAUCAAGUCCUUCUCCGACACCAUCGCCUCCGCCGCCACCGCUCCGCCUCCCGCCGCCGCGCCGCUGGAUUUCGAGAAGUUCGGCGUCACCGACGACCUCAGAUCCUUCGUCAAGGGCCUCACUUCCACCACGUUCCAGAACUUUCCCCUCACUUCCGAUGAACCUGAGGGCUCUGAUGUCUCCACUGUGGGAUCCAAUGUGAGGAAGGAUCUCAAUGAGUUUCAGGAGAAGCACGCCACUCUCGUUUUAACUACUGUUAAGGAAAUUUCAAGAUUGAGAUAUGAACUAUGUCCACGUGCUAUGAAAGAAAGACACUUUUGGAAGAUAUAUUUCACACUUGUCAACACUCAUGUGGCUCCGUAUGAGAAGCAAUAUAUGGAGGAGGUUCAGCUUAGAGAAGCAGCAGAACAGAAUGUGGAUACUAAGGUAGAGCAAACUGCUGUUACUGGAGGAACUGGAAAGGCAGUAGCAACAGGGAAGAAUGUGAAGAGUAAAUCUUCUAAUUCAUCCUCUACCGAGCAAGACUUGGAUACAUUUCUUCUUGGAGAUCUUGAAGACAGUGAUGAUGCUCCAGAUGAUGGUGAGGGCAGUUUUGAUGAUGAUUUUGACAAGAUUGGCAAUUCUGAUGUUGAAGAUGAGAAACAUGUGAAGAAAGCAACUGCUGCAACAGUUUAGGAUGCCCAAUUACUUUUGGUUGAUACUGAAGUAAGAAUGAACUUUGCUGCUUGCAACUAGCCCUGAGAUAUCAGUGAACCGUUAAAGACAAACGGUUGUAGCAGUGUGUAGAUUUGGUGAACUGGUCGGAAAACCUGAAGUAGUUCGUCAUUGUUUAUUUGUUUACCUUAAUACCCUAUAUAGUGGCAUAUAAAUUCAUGGUAAAGUGGUGGUGGUGAGUCCUGUUAUCUUGUACAGUUGACCCUAUUCGUUGUUGUUAUUGAAGUUCUUAUUUGAUGUUACUUUUAGUGAAUAACAAGAGCAUAUUGAUUCUCGGGUUUGUUACGUGCUUGGCGUUGUGGUUAGGGUAAAAGGGGUAUUCAGUUAGUGAAUUGUUUUGGGACUCUUCAAACAUGUUGCUUCUUUUUCUUUCACUGAAAGUAUAAAAUUACAUUUCUGUAAUUUGUUAAAGUUCUCUUAUAUUAAUGUUUACGUGCAGUCCUAUUUUAUUUUA